AUGCGAACUCGCUUUCUCAACAACGACUACUUCACUCUCCCUCCAUCCCAACGCCGCGAAACCCUCCCCUUCCUCUACCUCCCAGUCCCUCGCCUCCCCACGCCGCCUCCCUCCGCUGUCCACCACCACCUUCGCUUUGGUUCCUCGUUCCACCUCUCCCACCCCAUCGACCCCUUCCCCAUCCACGUUGCCCUCUCCACGUUCCUCUCCGCCGUCCUUCCUGGCAGAAUCCCCGUAGAUCUCACCGCUCCGUCUCCGAACCGAUAUCGAUGCUCCUCCUUCCCAGCGAAAGAAGCAGAGGUUAUCUUCGAAGAUCUUGUCUCCGAAGUUGAUAUCGAUUUUCCGGAUGAGUGUAAAACGAUUGCUCUUAGUGAUAAGAACGAUGUCGAUUACGAAACGGUUCAAUUCGAAACACCUGAGCUUGAUGCACUCUUGGAAAAUGUAUGCUUCGUUGAGAAGGAGAGGAUGCAAUUGCUGUCUCAAACCCCAGAGGUUGAAAAUAGCCUGGAAAUGCUCAAGCCUGAGCCAUCAAGGCAGUACCCUUACGAAGCUCUGGAAUCAGUAUCUUUGGUUGAAGAUGUUGUAUCGGAGUACCUUACUGUGGAAAACGCAUAUUCUUUAGAAGAUAAUGUUUCUGUUCAGCACCUGCCACCCUCUGACCAAAACAAAUUUCUUAGUUUGGAAGUGGAUGAGGAGAGUAUGGAAAUUCCCGCUCGCAUAUCUUUGGUAGAAAUUGUUGGCAUACAAUUUGAAAAUAUCAGACCUCAAAAUUUUGAUGAACGAUAUCAAUCCAUAACAGAAGGCAAGGAACUUUUGGGUUCCGUGAAGUAUAACAUGAUGGAGUUUUUAUCAGAUGAUUGUGUAUCAAAGAAGAGCCUUGCGUUAUCAGAUCUGUUUCCUGAAAGGGAUUUUAUGGAUAUGUUAGAAACUGAACACGUUGAUGCGAGUGCGGUCCUUCAAGGAACAUUGCAGGCUGGUAGUGCUAUGUUAUCAAAUCUAAUUGCCUUCCAGGAAUUCGUGUUCCUUGACAAGGACUUAAUUCAAACCUUUGAAGCUUUCUAUGACACAAAAGCAUCGGAUGACCUACUAACAAGUGAGUGGAUUUUUAAGGAGUUUAACUUCAAGAGUUUUGAUGACCUGAUAGUUAGUAAUGAGAUAGCACUAACAGAUGAUACGUUCAAAUCACUGCCUAUACCUGUUAUAUCUGAUCACAGAAAGAUGAUAGAUCUACAUGAGGUCAUUGGAGAACUAUUUUCCAACUUGAAGACCCAACCCCUAUCUGCAUCUGAUGGAAUUUACUUAAACUGGGAUCUACUGGAAGAAUAUAAAUGCAAUUUUAAAAUGUCUACCUGGUAUCAGGACAUCUGGGCAAAGAUAGAUCUGAACAACAUAGAUUUUGGAGGAAAAUAUUUCGACGAUGGAAAUUUGGUAUUUGAUCUAGUUUUAUGGGGUGAUACUAUAGGUGAAUGUGACAUUAUACCAAGUGAGGAGUUGCAGAGGUUGCUUUCUGAUUGCAUGCCUCUACUUGACAAUCAUCCUGUAGAGUUUGCCUCUGGCAAAGUAUUAGAAUAUGAAUCUUCUAAACAGGGAAGCCGAGAGCAAUUACCCGAAAGAAAUGCUGAAAGGGCUUCGUUGUUAUUUAUGUCUAUGUCAGAAAGCAGCAGUCUUGAUUAUUUCUUAAACCCUCAAAAAGCGACUGGUACAGGGAAUUGUAAUUUUGCAGUGGAGUCCACCAAUGAUAAUGUAAGUAAUCCAAAAGUUACAUCCACUGGAUUGAAGGCUGGUCUACAGUCACAAGCAUGCCAUACUGUUUUGCAUAGAAUUAAGUUGUCCGACAAUAUUGUGUCUCUUGCUGGAUAUUUUGAAAAAACCUAUCUAGCCAUUUUGCAUAGUGAUACAGAGCUGACAAAGACGCAUAACUCAGAUACAGAUUAUUUUAAAUUGCUGAGUCUUCAAAAGAAUAAGUUGAUUGAAUACCAUGUAAAUGGAAACAAUAUGGCGUUUAUUAUAUUAAGUGCAAUUAAACAGGCUGCUUGGUACUUAUGUUUCUAUGGUCUCCGUCCAGCAUGCUUGUAUUUAGAAAAAUUAAGUCAAAACUUGGAGUACUUGAAAUCAAGGUUAGGCUUCCUGCAAUCUUUGAUCAAAGAUGAAGAAAGGAAAAUGGACAAUAAUAUUACUAGGGCACACCCAUCACUAACAAUUGUUAAGGAAGUUUUACAGUCAAACAUCAAAAGGGAUAGUUUGAAAGCUUUGAUUGUGGCCAAAGAAGUUUAUUGGGGUUCAUUGAGAAGUCUCCUUCUUUCUUUGGGGUUAUCAUUCAGUGAACUAAAUGAAUCGUACAGAAAUCAGCCAUUUACAACUAAUGUGCCUGAGGACACAGAUACUAAAAUGAAGGAACUUCUGAUUUCAGACUGCUUGCUGGUUUCAUACAAGCAUGUUUCUCCAUUAUUUCCAUUCAACAAAUUUGACAUUAUCUUGGAAUAUGGAGGACCAUAUGGCUCAUCUAAGAUAUCUGAACUUUCGCCAAACUUGGUUGGAUUGCCUCAUCUUCACUUUUUGACGGUUGAAUUGGAUGGCCAUGCUGCUCUCAAAGCACUCUGUGAAGGUGUUGAAAUGCCCCUGAACACUGAAAUGUUAAUGGAAAGUGAGACAAGUCUUAUUUUCAAUCAGAAGGAAAGUAUAAUGAAUCAAAAGUUGAAGAGACUACUCAACUUUUGUCCUGUGGAGCAAAGCUAUGAUAUAAAAUCUUCGAUGGUUGCACCUGAAGCAGACAAUUUUGUGCCCCUUAUUCCUGCUGUGAAAACUGAACAUGGUUGUCAGAGCGAGGAGCAUUUCCCUGGAACAGUUAUCAUUGUAAAUACUCAAAAUGUAGAUAAGGAAAUGAUAAUGUCUAGAAGAAACUCUUACCAAGUAAUUCUUGCGAUGGAGAAAGGAGGACUUCAAGUUGUUGAACGUGAUUUACAUUUGCCGGUGGAUAUUAUAUUAGGUUCUGCAAUUUGUUUGGCGUGGUAUGAUAGUAGAAACCUUUGGAAGAAAGCAACUCCAGCCACAGAAGCGUCCUCAAGCUUGCCUUUAUGUGUUGAGAAUAUUGCAACAGAUGUUCUGACUUUGAUUAGUUUUUACUUCCGUGGCUGCUUUCUGGUCUUUGAGGGAGAAUUUAACUUUCUCUCUACUGUAAUGGAAUCCUCAGAUGGCCUUUAUGCUGCAGCAGCUAGCCUGGGAAUUGAUUUGCAGAUCUUCUUCUCAUACUCACCGGAGUUAACAAAUGAAGUUAUAGUAAGCUGCAUUAAGAGUGCUACCAGUAUGACAAGGGGUCUCUAUCCUAAAAUGCCUGACUCGGUAUCUCUUGCAGAGUCGUUUCUUACGCAAUUUCCUGGAAUAAAUCCUUUAACGGCACACUCUAUACUUUCUUCAGGGGUCACGCUUAAUGAUUUUCUUGAGUGGUCACAUGAACAAAGGAUGCAUGUUCUAGAAAGGUAUCAUGUUCCAGAAGAAAGUAUUUCUCUAUUCAGUGUUUUCUGCAAAUAUGGGGAACGGGAGGACUCAAAAUCCAUAAUGACAGACUGCUCCUCUUCGGUAUCUUCUGGUCCAGACUCAGAUAGGUGUCGUUUAUUUCAAGUUGACAACGAAAGAAAAAGAAAAACUCCUAUAAGUAGUCAUCAGAAAGAUGAACUAUAUUUUGAUGAAUUGUUGCAAUUCGAAACAUUAAAUCAAGUAACUGAGGCUGUCCCGGAUCACUGUACCUUGCCAAAAACUUUUGAUCUUGGUAUGCCAGUAGAUGCUGGGAGAUCCAGUGACUUAGCAAAGGCUAAUUUGUCCAUGGGUGAUUUUUUGUAUCAAAAGCAAGGCAUCAGUGCAAGUGCAGUGAGAAACCUUUCCGGAGUUUCGCAGUCACCACGGAACCACAAAGCUCCCCAAAAAUUAGAGCAAUUGAAACAGUCCAGUUUAUCUUUGAAAAAUAAAGAGUUGGCUCAGAACGAAGUACUGGAUACUUCUUUGAUGAGCAAAAGUUUUAACUGGCCUAGCCUUUGCAAUUCUGAGAAGCUGCAUCAGGAUAUUAGAGGUGAGGUGGUUGAAUUGACUGAUAGCCCCUUGUUAGAAAAGGAUCAUAUAAGAAAUAAUAAACUUGCAAGGAGAUUGUCAUUUGGCAAUAGGACUCACCCAGAAACCAACUCAUCGAAAACAUGGAGAUCCUUACAAGAUACACGAGAAGUUAACCACUAUCCCGAACCAGAUUUUGGAAAAGAUGUAUUUCCUCUUAAUUUCAAGCCCCGUGAAAACAUUGGUUUAACUCAGGGAUCCAUGGGAAACAUAAAUGAUUUACCCUUCCAGGAGGAAAUGUCAUAUUUGGGCGAAACUCCACUUUCACAUGCCCGCCGGUCGGCGAGUUUAUUAAAGAAUUCACCUUGGACAACUGAAUUUAUUAAUAAAGUAAAAGAGAAGAGCAAAUUGCGUCAAAAAUCAUUAUCAUGUGGGAAUUCUGACCCUUAUUUUGGGUACCCGGGGAACAUGUCGAAAGUUUCUAAGAGAAGAAGCCCUUCGGUAAUUGACUUCUUUAAGUACCAACCUAAUAGAACAUCUGGAAGUAUUCAGGAACAUAAAAGACAGAAGCAAUCCGGACAAUCUUCAAACUCAGUGAAAAAAAGAAGAUAUUCCACUUCUCAACCCUCGUGGACUCCUAAUGAUAAGAGAUCAACCAAGACACUGGCCUUUGGGAGAAACGGAAAUGGAGGCCAAACACGGCUGGUGUGGAGAGAUAAAUAAAACUCGUUCAUAUCAGGCAUAAUCUAUCACUGGAGAAAAGAAUGGAAAUUUUAUAUUAUGUACGACGGUGGCUUCAUCCUUUCGGAAGGUAUUUUUUGCUUC